AUGAUCGAAGUGGUGAAUGAGCCAUUGGUUAGCUUCAAUGGCCUUCAUUAUAGUGUGAAUAUUGAGACUGAGGGCAAUAAAUACAAGUCCUUCCAGCUGGAAACAAAUUCCUCAGAGAACUGUAACCCCGCGAUCUCUGAUCCUGCAGUCUUCUCCUUAGAAUCAGACACAGUUUUGACCGUUCUUGAUUCUAUAAAGUCAGGCACAGGGCGUACAAAUGAAAACGAUCUUUGCAAUAAUGUAAUCGUCCCCAUUCUAUCUGCACUCGGUGUAUCUUUCCAAGUACUCAAGACAGCGAGCUGUAACUCUGUCGGAGAAUUCGCCCAAACCAUUGAUCGAAACUAUAACCACAUUAUCAUUAUAAUAUCAGGAGAUACCAGUAUUUCGGAACUUUUGAACAAUUUACCCGCCUCCGAUUCCGAGGCCCGCGAAUCUCAGUUGUGCUUACUACCUCUGCCCAUGGGUACAGGCAAUGCCUGGGCAAGUUCCUUGCAAUUGAAAUGUCCCAUAAAAACGUUCAGAGGAUUCAUAAACAAACGUCUAAGUCCAAAAAAAUUUCCGUUAUACAGAGCUAUUUUUCCCAAUAAGAAGAGUACUGUCUUCUUCAUCAUCUUAUCUCUUGGAUUUCACGCCAACUUACUACAUUUGUGCAACGAUCAAAGGUUUACCUCAAUGGGCGUCGAAAGAUUUCAAAUCGCAAGUAAGGAAAUUUUUGAUAAUUACAAUUUGACAUAUCAGAUAAAGAUACCUGGUAUUAUAGACGCGAAGUUUUCUUACUUUGCGGUUAUAAAUACUCCAAAUUUGGAGGCAUAUUAUAUGCCAUCACCUUCUUCCGACCCAUUAAACUCGGAACUUCAUGUAAUUGGUUACUCUGCCUCAUUGAAAAGAGAUCAGCUCCUGCAACGUAUCAUGAAGGGCUACUCAAACAAGCCAGGAGAUUCGCUCAUUGAUGAUGGAGUUACCUAUGAACCUAUUGAUGGAGAUUUUGAAAUUAUUGUCAAGGAUGAUCCCUCGAAAUCUCCGAAAACUACGUUUGAAAUAUGUUGCGAUGGUCAACUGCUGAAUUUACUUGAUUUACACAGCGCAGGCGCUUCUUCUGAAAAUAAAAUUACAGUCAAAUUCCUCAAAGAUUAUUCGUGUUACAAUUUGAAGGUUUUCAGCCCGUUGUAG